UCAUUCAAGUUUGAAUUAAUCUACACUAUCUGCUUUUCUGUUUCUUCCAUGCCUGCAGGACGCAUUUUGAGCACAAUCAAGGAGCGUGUGCGUGACCUCCAGCUUCAGAAAAACAAACAGAUUCUCAUGAGCCUCAUAGCUAGUGGUUACCAGCCUCUUCAACACGUGAAGGAGGGCCGUAUUCAUCAGCCACUGGACCACUUCAACAGACAGAAGAUCAACACGUUUCCUCAGAAAUUCUUUGUGAAUGAGGUUUACUGGCAGCGACCUGAUGGCCCAGUGUUUCUCUUCAUUGGUGGAGAGGGACCGCUUUUUAAGUAUGAUGUUCUGACAGGUCAUCACGUUGACAUGGCUAAAGAGCAUGGGGCUCUGGUAUUGGCAUUGGAGCAUCGUUUCUAUGGUGACAGCAUCAACCCUGAUGGCCUGAAAACGGAAAACUUGGCAGAUUUGAGCAGCCAGCAGGCGCUUGCAGACUUGGCUGUAUUCCACCAAUACAUUAGUCAAUGCUACAACCUGAGCCACAGGCACACCUGGAUCAGCUUUGGAGGAUCUUAUUCUGGGGCUUUAUCUGCCUGGUUUAGAGGAAAGUUUCCCAGUUUGGUGUAUGGAGCUGUGGCCUCUUCUGCUCCAGUCAAAGCAAAGAUGGACUUUUCUGCAUACAACAGUGUUGUUGGUUUGAGUCUGAAGAAUGAGGCUGUGGGUGGCUCAGAAAAGUGCCUUGCAAAAGUACAGGAAGCAUUUAAUGUUGUGGAAGCAGCACUGAUAGGUGGAAACUUUAGCCAGGUAGCCAAAGAUUUCAGCUGCUGCCAAAUACCAAAGAAUCUUGACGAUCAGAUUGAGCUAAUGCAAAACUUGGCUGAUAUUUUGAUGGGGACUGUGCAGUAUAACGAAGAGAGCGUGCUAAUGUCUAUUAGUGAUCUCUGCGGUGUUAUGACCAACAUAAGUGAGAAACAUGAAGGGCGCAUGGGAGCCUACAACCGUCUUGUGAAACUCUCACAGAAGUAUCGCCUCACCACUGAGGAGCAGUGUCUGGACAUCUCUCAUGAGAAAACAUUGCAAGUUCUGAUGGACACCUCCCUUCACACUGGCGGAAAAGCUGAGAGGCAGUGGACCUAUCAGACAUGCACCGAAUUUGGCUUCUAUCAGACAUGUGAGGACACCACUUGUCCAUUCUCAGGAAUGUCAACCCUGCAGGCUCAGACUAAGCUUUGUACCACGGUGUUUAGUAUUUCCCAGCAUUCUCUUCCAGCAAGUAUUGCUUUUACGAACACUUACUAUGGAGGAGACAAACCAAACACGCACAGAGUCCUAUACGUCAAUGGAGGAAUUGACCCAUGGAAGGAGCUGUCAGUAGUUAAGGGCACAAGCGGGGAGGGAGAUGAGAUUCAGACAGUUUUUAUUGAAGACGCUGCACACUGUGCUGACAUGUCGAGUGGAAGAGUUGGAGAGCGCAGCUCACUAAGAAAAGCAAAACAGGAGAUUGAAAAACACGUUGCCGGCUGGUUGAGGACUGCAGCACAGCAGAAGAUGGAGAAAAGAGCAGCCUGGUCAUGAUAAACCUGAUCACGUCUUCCCCCCAUUUUCUGAAACUGAUAAGAACUUGGAAAUAAUCUGCCCUGUUGUGGCGGAUCUGCUCUGCUUUAUUCUCCUCCUCUUAUCUACCAUUUCUUCUAGUUUACACCCAUCAUUGCCCCAUAUAGAUUCACAGAGCUUCAGUUCAUCUGUUUGCUUGAUUGGGUUUGGUUUGAUUUUGAAAGAUAACUGAUUAUACAGAUAUUCUUUUUUUCCCAGUCAUUGUUAUUUAUCUUUUGUACAUUCUGUUCAGUUAUGCUGAAAUAUCAUGUCUAAGGAUUGUGUUUUUUGGUCGCUUUUAUUGCUUUUAGGAGGGUUUUGUUUAAUUACCAAGUCAGUAUGUGCUUUCAACUUUUUUACUCAACAACUUAUUUUUUCACAUCUUGGUAAACAUUUAUCUUUUUGUUUCUCAUAUAUUACAAUAGUAAUCAACUGUUGUUACCUUGACUUGUCAGCAGGGUGUGAUGUUGCUACUUAGGUGGGAAAUUCAUCCCUUGAAACACCACAUAUUAAAUAUUAAAGAGCUUGAACUGUCAAAAACAUUAAGCAUUCAAAUUAAAUUCUU